UCCUUUCCCAGCACAUCUCCUUCCAUUCGGGGGCUAAACCGCGGCGGGCAGUCCUCGGUCCUCCAUCAUCGCAACAUUUUGUAAAGGUUUGGACGCCGGACGACGCCUGGUGCUUCCAUAAAACAAGACAAUGUAGCAUAUUUGUUUUUGCGGACGUCGUGUAACCGCUUGGGACUUAACGACGUUUUUGGUCACAUUUUGUUUACCCGGCGUCCUAGACAACCGACUCAAACUGGCGGAAAUGGACGAACAAAGCGUGGAGAGCAUCGCCGAGGUGUUCCGCUGCUUCAUCUGCAUGGAGAAGCUGAGGGACGCUCGCCUCUGCCCGCACUGCUCCAAGCUCUGCUGCUUCAGCUGCAUACGACGCUGGCUGACCGAGCAGAGAGCUCAGUGUCCGCACUGUCGGGCGCCACUCCAGCUGAGGGAGCUGGUAAACUGCCGCUGGGCCGAGGAAGUGACGCAACAGCUGGACACGCUGCAACUCUGCAGCCUCACCAAGCACGAGGACAACGACAAAGACAAAUGUGAGAACCACCACGAGAAGCUGAGCGUCUUCUGUUGGACGUGUAAGAAAUGCAUCUGCCACCAGUGCGCUCUGUGGGGCGGCAUGCACGGCGGGCACACCUUCAAGCCGCUGGUGGAGAUCUACGAGCAGCACGUGACCAAAGUGAAGGAGGAGGUGGCCAAGCUACGGCGACGCCUCAUGGAGCUCAUCAGCCUGGUGCAGGAAGUGGAAAGGAACGUGGAGGCCGUCCGGGGAGCGAAGGACGAGAGGGUGCGCGAGAUCCGGAACGCGGUGGAGAUGAUGAUCGCUCGUCUGGACAACCAGCUCAAGAACAAACUCAUCACGCUCAUGGAAACACUCUCCUCCUCGUCCUCCUCCUCCUCCUCCUCCUUCCUCCCCCGUCCGCCAUCAGGCCAGAAGACGUCCUUGACCCAGGAGACCGAGCUGCUGGAGUCUAUCCUGCAGGAGGUGGAGCAUCAGCUCCACUCAUGCAGUAAGAGCGAGCUGAUCUCCAAGAGUCCAGAGAUCCUGCUCAUGUUCCAGCAGGUCCACAGGAAGCCCAUGCAGUCCUUUGUCACCACACCGGUGCCACCCGACUUCACCAGCGAGCUGGUUCCGGCCUACGACUCGAGCACUUUUGUUUUGGUCAACUUCAGCACUUUGAGGCAGCGGGCCGACCCGGUCUACAGCCCUCCUCUCCAGAUAUCUGGACUCUGUUGGAGGCUCAAAGUCUACCCGGAUGGUAACGGUGUGGUUCGUGGAAACUACCUGUCUGUGUUCUUGGAGCUUUCUGCCGGACUCCCUGAAACGUCAAAGUACGAGUACCGCGUGGAGAUGGUCCACCAGACCUCUAGCGACCCGAGCAAGAACAUCAUCCGCGAGUUUGCCUCCGACUUCGAGGUGGGCGAGUGUUGGGGUUACAACCGCUUCUUCAGGCUGGACCUCCUGGCCAGCGAGGGCUACCUGAACAUGCAGACGGACACGCUGGUGCUCCGAUACCAGGUACGCUCGCCCACCUUCUUCCAGAAGUGCAGAGACCAGUACUGGUACAUCAGCCAGCUGGAAUCGGCUCAGAGCGGCUACAUCCAGCAGAUCAACAACCUCAAAGAGCGGUUAGCCAUCGAGCUGUUCCGCCACCGCUCGUCGCGCAGCUCCUCGCCCCCUGACCUGAGGCUGGCGGCGGGGAGCGCGACCUCCGAACGAGACCCUCGCACCGUCAAGAGCGACGGCGACAUUCAGACCACGCUGAGCGACGCCAAAAAGGCCGCCGACGACGACUACGAGCGAACCGUGCACGACGACUCUAACGAGCUGUCGGACGGUGACCUGGAGGUGGACUGUCUCACCGAGGAGGAGGCCAACCCGCUGGAUGGCAGCAGCACCUCGGGGAGCUCCACGGCCACCAGCAACACCGAGGAGAACGACAUCGAUGAAGAAACCAUGUCGGGCGAGAACGACGUGGACUUCAUUGGGAACCUGGACACCGAGGAAGGAGAGCUUCCCGAUGACUCGGAUGGAGCCUCUGGUGGUCCCAGCUCCUGUCUGCACUCAGCCCUCCGCAGCUCCGCAAUUGGCCGCGGUGCCAGCGGAGGAGGCGGAGCUUCCGCUGUCGGCGGCGGCGGCAGCCUCCUGGACCUCGACCCGGUCAUUCUGAUCCAGCUGCUAGAUCUGAAGGAGCAUAACAAUAUGGAGUCCCUGUGGGGUCUUCAGCCUCGCCCCCCGGUGUCCCUCCUCCACAGCCAAGCUGGCUUAUCCUCCAGGAAAGAACGAGAGCGCCGUCCACAGGUGGUGCGCCGCUCCGUCCCGGACUCGGCGGUCCUCAUCCGCCUGAAGGCGCAGAUGGCCGAGGUGCGCAGCAAGAUGUCCGACGUCAAGAGCCUGGUGCUGGAGCCCCACGCGGCCGGCGAUUCCAGGCCGGGACCGUCGGGGAUCUUCGGCGCCGAGGAAGUGGCCUCGCACCACGCCGACCCGGAGCCGGCGGACGGAUCCAAGCCCGGCGAGCUGUUGCUGCUCGGGAGGGCGGCCGCCGUUCGAUCGCGACAGUGUCGCACCGGAAGGAAAUCCCUGCAGUCCAUCCUGGAAAGCAGCAACCUCUCGGUGGGUCGGCAGAGGAGUGUGGAGCAUACGGAGAAAGACGCGAGAGGAGCGGACGCAGCCACGGAACUCGGCCUGCAUCUCAAAGAGGCCGCUGACGGAGGAGUCAAGGUGGCGGACAGUGCUCAGGUCUCAGCAGAGCAGGCCUCCUCCAAGCAGCAGCUCUAUGCGCCAUCAGGGUCCAGGGACGACAUCUUCUCCUUGGUGGGAUCCAGCUACAUGGCGGCUGGAAAGAACUGUGGCACUAGGACCCUGGGGGCAGCCAUGUUGGACUCUGAAUCGGAAAGCUCAGGAAACUCCCAUCAUUCCUUGCUAGAGGGACCCUCUUCACAGCUGCAGCCCAGUGAAGGCCAGUAUGCCUCAGACCCAGCACCAUCCAUCCUGGCGGCUGCGGCAGCGACGAGCAGCGAGAGCGACACCGAGGACGAGGACGCGCUGCACAGCACCAACUCUCGCUAUGACAACCAGACUCCGCCCUGCACAGGCGAGUCGUUGUCCGAAGACAUGACUGACAGGUGAGGGGACCCCGCCCCGCCCCUCAAAACUGAAACUGCCUCUUAUAUCCACAAACAUUUCUAAGGCUAUUUUCCACAAUUGCCAACGUAGAACAGUAAAUAUUGUUCCACUCGACUGCAUGAUUUCAAUGAACGCUGAGGAAAGUCAACAUUCCUUCCCCCCCCCCCCCCCCCAUUCAUCACGUUAAAGGUCUUUAAUACAAAACGUCAUAUCAUAUCCGAGAACAUCGUUGCCAUAAAAACUGUCUUCCAUUGCAUCAACAAGCUUAACAAAAUUUGUUGACAUUUCUCAUUUUGUUGCUUUUUGCUGCUCUGAAACGGCCGCCGGAGGGAAAAUGAAGAGUUGAACAACAUUUGGGCUGCUUAAAACAAACAAACAAAAAAAACCCUUUUUCCGCACUUUACAAGCGUCCAAUCCCUUUUCUGCACUGAGCCAUAUUUGAUUCUUUAAAGACCUUUUCCUCACAUAGGACCAAGUGGUGAGAAUGUGUCGUAAGCGGUACGUGUGCACACUAUUCAAAAGUUCUCUCAAUUCAGUGGUUUUUGUUUGUACCUGAGCCAAGUGAACAAUGACAUCCCCUUAAACUAAAAAAUGUUGUUGUUUUGAAUGUUUCCACAAUGCACUGAUCCUUGUUUGACAUGUACCUUUUUGUUUUUCCACGUAAUAAAAGUCAUGUUUUAUCAUCAA